UCCAGAGUCAAGAUGCAGGUGACAAUGUCUUUGGCUUCGUUGGUGGGCAAGUCUUCAGACAUCCACGAGGAGUACCUACGCCGCUCUUUCAGAACUAUCCUGUUGUAUGCGGAAGAAGACACGGAAAUGCAGUCUACACAGCUGCCCUCACAGGUGGAUGAACUCUUGAGGAAUCUAAACAGCAUCCUCUCAGACACAGUCAAGAUGAAAGAGUUCCAGAAAGAUCCUGAGAUGCUCAUGGACCUCAUGUAUAG